CAGGACAGAGGAGACUGCUCCAGAGACUGUUCCCAUGGCUCAAAAAGGUCCUUCUUCCGGGACUGCAGGCACUCGUACGGGCGUUGACGCGUGUAAUUCCCAGGGAUGCCGCUGCUGCGGGCACAUAUGGAAGGGUGCUGUUAAAUUUCAGAGCACAGCCACACGAGAACAUUACAACAUCACACAAUAUCUGACAUGCAAGACACCAAGUGUCAUCUACAUCAUCCAGUGCAAAAAAUGCCCUGUGCAGUAUGUUGGGAAGACUUCGACCACACUGCAGAGAACAGUCGAAGAACACAGAGCUUCCAUCACAAAUCAGCAACGUCAGCCAGUCCCUGAUCAUUUCAACAACAAUGACCAUUGUCUUGAUCAUCUGAUUGUAUAUCCAAUUGAGCAGGUCAAUGGUUCUGAAGCACUAAAAGAGAGGGAACUCUACUGGAUCAGAGAGCUUGCAACAAUGGCCCAUGGACUAAAUUUGAUGCCAAAUAUAUGUGAGAAACACAGGACAGAGGAGACUGCUCCAGAGACUGCUCCCAUGGCUCAAGCAGGUCCUUCUUCUGGGACUGCAGGCACUCGUACAGGUGUUGACACGUGUAAUUCCCAGGGAUGCCUCUGCUGCCGGCAAAUAACGAAGGGCACUGAUAAAUUUCAGAGUACAGCUACAGGAAAACAGUACAACAUCACCCAACAUCUGACUUGCAAGACACCAAGUGUCAUCUACAUCAUCCAGUGCAAAAAAUGCCCGGUGCAGUAUGUUGGGAAGACUGCAACCACACUCCAAAGAAGAUUCACAGACCACAGAAGCUCCAUCAGAUAUCGCCAGCAUCGGCCAAUCUCAGAUCAUUUCAACAACCAUGACCAUUCUCUUGAAGAUCUGAUUCUAUUUCCAAUUGAGCAGGUCAAUGGUUCUGAAGCACUAAAAGAGAGGGAAUUCUACUGGAUCAGAGAGCUUGAAACAAUGGCCCAUGGACUAAAUCUGGUGCCAUGUAACUAUGUAGGAGAGCAGCCACUGGAUGAUGGUGAGGCAAGAUCAGAGGGACCAGCUGAUAGACAAGGGGAAGAAUCCAUGGAGUUUCCUCAGAAAGGUAAACGAAAGCUCGGUGGGAAUGGUGAUCGGAAAUCAAAGAGGAGAAAGCUGAAAAAUAAAGGACAGUCUGUGUUUUCAUAUGAAAUGGAAGAAAUCGUCUCAACCUGCGAAGAUGCAUUAGAAGAUGGAAAACAAACCAUAUCUGAGGUUUAUGCCAAACUCAAAGAUGUUUCCUGCAGAGAGAAACAGAGCAUGCGAUUUCUGGAAGACCUAAAAAAGAAGAUCUCUUAUUUAAAAGAAAAUGUCCAAAAAGAGAAAAUUUACAUUGGACUGUUUGGGAAGACAGGAGCAGGGAAGAGCUCACUGAUCAACGCACUUGUCAAUGAAAACCAGCUUCUGCCUUCAGGAAGCAUGCAAGCCUGCACGUCAGUCUUUGUGCAUGUGCAAGCCAAUACAGAUUCCAGCAAAUACAAAGCUGAUAUUGAAUUCAUCAGCCCAGAGGACUGGAAAUCAGAACUACAAUUCCUGGUGGAAUUACUCGAAAAAGAAAAUGACCAACAAAAGACUGCAGAAGAUGAUGGAAUGGUAGAAAUGGCAAGAGAAAAGAUCAAAGCCAUUUAUGGAGAAGAGGGACUGAAGAAAAGUUACAGUGAAUUGGUGGGGGCCAAAGAGUUUCCUGAGAUUCCCAACACAUGCAGGAAGACUAUGAAUUUAGACACCGCCCAAGAACUGUCUCGAAGCAUUGGAUGCUACAUUCGGAGUGAUAAAAAAACAGAGCAGCAGUUCUGGCCUCUUGUGAAGCGAGUCACCAUCUCCUUGCCACAGUCUCCAGCUAUACUGGAGGGGAUUGUGCUGGUGGACCUGCCUGGGGCUGGAGAUGUCAGUAAAAACAGAAGUGAGAUGUGGAAAGAGUGUCUCAGCCAGUGCUCCUCUGUCUGGAUUGUGAAUGAGAUGAACCGUGCCCUGUCUGAGAAAGUUUCUGACGAGAUCUUUGAUGAAUCACUGAGACACGUUGCUGGAGGAGGAGAGUGUCACAACAUCACCUUCAUCUGCACCAAAACAGAUAUCAUCAACCCCGAGGAGAUCAAAGAGAAUUAUCACAUCACAGAUGAGGAUCUUGAAAUAGAACUUGAUACUCAGGAUCCUCAUUAUGAAAGAAGAGAAAAACAAGCAUGUAUACUGUUCCGUAAUGAGAGAUUUAAAGUGGAAAUCAGUGCACACUUGAAAGAGAAAACCAAGAAAUUUCUGCUUGGCGAUGAAGGGGAUUCAGACGGCUUCUUUGAUGUGUACACUGUGAGUUCUGAAGAAUUCAGGAGAAUUGCACAAAGGAAGUCAACUGUUCUGGAUUGCAAUGAAACGGAAUUGCCAUUGCUGAUGGAGCACAUUAAGAAACUGUAUGUCUCCCAUUCCAUGAAGAAAGUGAAAGAUUAUGUAUCUGAGGUUUCUGGAAUCAUUUCAUAUCUUCACUUUUCAAAGGAUGCCCUCAGUUCAAAGGCUCAGACUUCAAAUUCCCAGGAGUUCAGCCGACUUGAAAAGGACCUGGAUAAGACUUGCACUACACUGAAUUCAGUUCUGAGCAGAGCUCACACAAAACUCCAGGAAGGUCUGGUGAUGGGAGCAAAGGAAGCAGAGAAACACUGCCUGACGAACGCCAAAGAGAGAGUGCUGGAACCAAGAUGGUGUGAUAACAGAGGCCACCACAAGACGCUCAAAGCCUUGUGUAAAAAUGACGGCUAUUACCGAUCUGGCAACGGAGUGGUAGUUGAUCUGAACUACACUCUGUCACAACCCAUGUACAAACAGAUGAAUGGCAUCUUUCUGACAACGUUUGGCCCUGGAGGUACGAGAGCAUCAAUCAAUGGGCAAUUUGCAAGUUUUCAAGAGAACUUCAUCAAAGGUGACCUUCUGAAAUAUAACAGAACAAAGAAUAAAGAAAAAUACCUGCGUCUGGUGUACAUUAGAACAGAGCAAAGAAAAUUGCACAAGAAUUUGGAAAAGCAAAUCCUAAAGAGAAAGAAGCUGAUCUACAAUUCCCUCAGUGAUUCAAUCUGUGACACCAUGAUGCCAACAUAUCAAGAAUGUGCUGCUAUCCACGGAAAAGAUGUUUUAAUGAAGUUACAAGAGAAACUGCAAAGUGCAAUUACGAAAUCCAAAAAUUACAUGUUCCGUGAGUCCAUGAAGAAAAUGCUGGUUGAGUUCAGUGAUCUGCAGAAAUACCUUGUGGCAGAAAUUAAGACACAGAUGACAACCUCCUUGAGACUGGCUCUAAACCAGAUCCCAGAUGACAUCACUGGCCUCCCAGAAGUUUCAGAAGAAAUGAAGACAAUGGAGCGAAGCUGUGAAGCUUUAGGCCUCCAGCUUUUUUAACUCAAAGCGGAUGAUGGAUUCAGCUGGACUAGAAUUAUGAAAUGAAAUGGAGAUCACCAUGGCAACCAUCCAAAUACGGUUGCUAAAUUUCUGGAAUAUUCUGGGGUGGACAGAUUAAUGACAGAUUAAUACUGAAUUCCAACAUUUGAUCAGUUGAGAGAGAUUUGACAGUUUAACUGGCCCCUUGGAAAUAUUUUACUCCUAAGUCAAGUACAGUAUGUAUAGCUACGUAUAUAACCAUAGCUUUUUAUUUUAGUGCUAAGUGCUUAUCUUGCUAGCUAGUUACUUAAGUUACCUACUUGAUUCUGCCAGCAAAUCUAAAUAUAAUAAAUAAUAGGUGCACAGGGGAGGGGGGAUGUGUGUGCUCUUUUAAUUCAUUCACUGCUUCGCUGUGCUACAAGGUCACAGAUUCCCAUCUCUGAGUUUGGGGGAAAAGUGGUCUGAAAUGAACACACAGAACCAAUGCUGUUUGUGUGGAAUAACUACAGUCAAGUGAACUCAUCAGUUCAGUUCAGCACAGCAAAGCAAAAAUGUUCCUUAAACAGUUUCAUAUUAAUAUGUUAACAUAUCAUUUUUUAGUAAUUUUAUACAGAAAGCUGAUUUUCUGCACUUCUUAUUUUUAGUGGUGGCUUAAAUUAAAGUAGUUAAAGAAAACAAUUUGUUUAGUUUGGUGUAUGCCAAUAUAGGCUAAUCAUAAUAUUUCAGUGUGUGAUGACUUCUUUGUGUGGGAUUUGUAGUGGGAAACUGGGACUCUUGGGGGUUUCACCAUAAUAUUGUGUGUUUACUUUUUCCAUUCAGUUACUGUAUGCAUUAUAUAAUCAUAUCAAUAAUCAUCCAUAAAGUAGAAUGUAUCCAGUAUAAGGGAAUUAUUCUGUACUGUGUGUGAUUUGUUGUUUACCAGCUGAAUCACUUCAAUUUUUAAAAUAGCUAAAUUGUUACUUGAACUUCAGUCUGAUUCACUUCUCAUUUAGAGAAGCAAGGGCAUGUUGAAUGUACAAAGAAAGUUUGUUCUGGGACUGACAGUUGGUGGGGAGGGAGACGUCUGAUGGCAAAAACAUAUCCAGUUCUCUCUGUGGCAAACCUGACCCAGUUAGGACAGGAGUCCAUGUUGCCUGGCCACAAGCUUGGGUUGCUUGGCAACAGGGAACCUUUUGCUCUCCCAACUCCUCAUAUUACUCACAAAGUUGUGUCUCAUGACAUGACGGAUAAUGUUAUUAGUUUAUCACGACACCAAUGUGACCAAAUGAACAGGUGAUUCUAUACAUUCCUCCAAAAGUCAUGUAUGUCAGAUUAGGUAUAGUGCUGCUUGAAAGUUUGUGAACCCUAUUUUUGUAUAAAAUAUUGAAAUAAACUU